ACGCGCACUGGAACCCGAGGAAGCUGCGACGCCGAGUUUCACUCAGGCUGCCUCUUCGUUAGAGUGGGAGCUACAGCCGGAGCAGUGCCCAGGCCGAAGCGGAGCUGCAGUCUGAGCGCGGCGGUGUCCUCCGCCCGCCUGCCUCGCUCUCUUCAGUCUCGGUCUCCUGGCAGCACUGGGCAAUGAACCCAAGACUCCAGCCCAGUGUGGUCUGAAGCUGUUGGAGAAGACAGGGCGUCCUGGGGAAGAUGGCCAUGGCGCCGAGCCCUUCCCUGGGUCAGGUGUACACCAGCCCGGUGGCAGUGGCCGUAUGGGAGUGGCAGGAUGGGCUGGGCACCUGGCACCCCUACAGCGCCGCCGUCUGCAGCUACAUCGAGCAGCAGUUUGUGCAGCAGAAGGGCCAGCGCUUCGGGCUGGGGAGCCUGGCCCACAGCAUCCCCUUAGGCCAAGCCGACCCCUCGCUGGCUCCUUACAUCAUCGACCUCCCCAGCUGGACGCAGUUCCGCCAGGACACUGGCACCAUGCGGGCCGUGCGGAGGCACCUGUUCCCGCAGCACUCGGCCCCCGGCCGGGGCGUCGUCUGGGAGUGGCUGGGUGACGACAACUCCUGGACGGCCUACGAGGCCAGCGUCUGCGACUACCUGGAGCAGCAGGUGGCCCGGGGCAACCAGCUCGUGGACUUGGCGCCCCUGGGGUACAACUACACCGUCAACUACGCCACCCACACGCAGACCAACAAGACUUCCAGCUUCUGCCGGAGCGUGCGGCGCCAGGCAGGGCCCCCGUACCCGGUGACCACCGUCAUCGCUCCGCCGGGCCACACGGGGGUGGCCUGCUCUUGCCAUCAGUGCCUCAGCGGUGGUACCACCGGCCCCGUGUCAGGCCGCUACCGCCACUCCAUGACCAACCUCCCUGCCUACCCCGUCCCCCAGCCCCCCCACAGGACCGCCAUUGUUUGGGGGACCCACCAGGCCUUUGCUCCAUACAACAAGCCCUCCCUCUCCGGGGCCAGGUCGGCGCCCAGGCUGAACACCACCAACCCCUGGGCCGGGGCGCCAUCCUCCCUGGGGAACCCACCCCUCUACCGCUCCAGCCUCUCCCACCUGGCAUCGCAGCACCAGUCUUCAGGACUGUCCACCACCAGCGCAGCCAGUGCCUCCCUGCCCAGCGGUUUGGCGAGCAGCCCCCGGAGCGUCCCUGCCACGGUGCCCGUGCAGAUGUCGAAGCCCAGCCGGGUCCAGCAAGCCCUCGCAGGCAUGACGAGUAUUCUGAUGUCAGCCAUUGGACUCCCUGUGUGUCUUAGCCGCGCACCCCAGCCCGCCAGCCCUCCCGCCUCCUGUCUGGCCUCUAAAAGUCACAGCUCAGUUAAGAGAUUGAGGAAAAUGUCCAUGAAAGGGCUGGAUCUGUGGGCAGUGCCGCUUCCUGAGACACCCGGGGUUUGCUCUGAAAACACACGGCGUUCAGCAGACCGUCUGGCCUUCCUGGGCUCAGAUGUCCUUUUGCGGGGAGGGCCCCCAAAGCCAGAGCCAGAGCAGGUGAUCAGAAACUACACCGAAGAGCUGAAGACGGCCCCAGAGGAGGACUGCAUCAUCUGUAUGGAGAAGCUGUCUGUGGUGUCUGGGUACAGCGAUGUGACUGACAGCAAGACCAUCGGGCCCAUGGCCGUGGGCCGCUUGGCCAAGUGCAGCCACACCUUCCACCUGCUCUGCCUGCUGGCCAUGUACUGCAAUGGGAACAAGGAUGGAAGCUUGCAGUGUCCCUCCUGCAAAACAAUCUACGGGGAGAAGACUGGGACCCAGCCCCGAGGGAAGAUGGAGGUGUUCACGUUUCAGAUGUCCCUCCCCGGCCACGAGGACUGCGGGACGAUCCUCAUAGUCUACAACAUUCCCCAUGGCAUUCAGGGCCCUGAGCACCCCAACCCUGGAAAGCCCUUCACUGCCAGAGGGUUUCCCCGCCAGUGCUACCUUCCCGACAACGCCCAGGGCCGCAAGGUCCUGGAGCUGCUGAAGGUGGCCUGGAAGAGGCGCCUUAUCUUCACAGUAGGGACGUCCAGCACCACCGGGGAGACGGACACGGUGGUGUGGAACGAGAUCCACCACAAGACCGAGAUGGACCGCAACGUGACAGGCCACGGCUACCCCGACCCCAACUACCUGCAGAACGUGCUGGCCGAGCUGGCCGCCCAGGGGGUGACCGAGGACUGCCUGGAGCAGCAGUGACCCUCGGCCUGGCUGCCCCGGCUUCGCCCACCACGACGGCAGGCGGGAAGGUGCCUUUCCUCAGAGGCUGGGACGUUUGUCGGGGAUGCCAGCGGGCUCCCCAUGCCCGCCUGUCCCCUUCUCUGUGCCCGCCAGGCCUGGGUCUCCGUGGGAACCGGGCGAGCCUGGGAGUCAUGUGUGUGGGGGCUUCGGAUGCCGCUACCUCAGUGUGUGGGCCCCUCCGUCCUCGGCGGGCUGUGUGGGGCCCUCAGUGUCCGGGGUGACGAGAGGCUGCCUGCUGUGUGUGCCACCGGGGCAGGCCUGGGUUUGGUCAGCUUCUCAUACCUCAGAUGUUCUGUUUGCAAUAAACGCCCUAAAGCCAAA